AUGGGUACUGUUUGCGUAAAAAAACAACGACCAUCCAGAUCCCUAAACUUAAAAACUUAAACUUCUUAAAACAAAGAAAACUAUCCUCAAGAAUUGGAGCAACCAUUCAAACAAACAAAUGUUAUUAAGGUCAGAGAAAACUAAUCUAAACAACUAUUCUUAAGUGAAUUUACAACUCCUAGGACAGAUGUGAAUGAAAAGUCUAUUCAAAGUAAAAGUGAACUUACAAAAGUUGAACCUCUGAAAUUUCAUACCUUACGAAAAGAAACUGAUUAAAACUGUUACUAAAAUGAUGAUGCUCCAGAUUUAGAUAUAACUGUUUAGGUACCAGAACCACUAAUCUCAAACAAUAGAGUUCUAAAGAUUUUAAAAUCUCUAUCACCUUUCCCCUAUGAUUCUGACUAUGAUAAAAAUUUUACCGAUUGUAUAUCCUUACCUCCUCAAGUAAAAUUCAUAGCAAGAUUUUAGAAAUUUUUAAAUACUGGCAUUAUAUAUGUUGGAUAAUGGAAGAACAAAUAAAAAUAAGGUCGAGGACGUUAAUUUUGGCCAGAUGGUACUUACUACGAAGGAUACUGGUUAAAUCAUGGAGCAAAUGGGUUGGGCAGACUGAUUCACCCAGAUGGAUCCUAUUAUGAAGGCUAUUGGAUGGAUGAUUUACAGUACGGAUUUGGGAAGUUUGUUGAUAAGGAGGGUAAUUAUUACGAAGGGGAAUGGAAGGACGAUGAGAAGGACGGUUAUGCUAUUGAAUAUUGGAUUUCAGGAGAUUAAUAUCAAGGCUAAUAUCUUUGUGGUAUGAAAAAUGGUAAAGGUGUAUAUUUAUGGGCCAAUGGUAAUAGUUAUGAAGGAACUUAUGUAAAAGAUUAGAUUCAAGGUGUUGGAACCUACAAAUGGCCAGAUGGUCAGGAAUAUAAUGGUGAAUGGUCUGAGAAUUAAAUGCAGGGUAAAGGCACAUUUAAAUGGGCUAACGGAAAUAAAUAUGUUGGAGAGUAUAAGGAGGAUAAGAAAGAUGGAUAAGGCAUGUUUUACUUCUCAGAUGGUAGAACAUUCAAAGGAACUUGGGUACAAGGAAAACAACAUGGAAUUGGCAUACUUACAGAAUUGGAUGGAAAAGAAGCUAUUGGAAUUUGGGAUAAAGGAAAAUUAGUUUCAAAAGAAUGA